AUGGGAGACCAGGGAGAACGCUCGGAAAGCAUGCAUGCUCAACCAACCUGUAGCCACAACGCGCACCUCGUCAGCCAGAACACCCACUCCCCCGACGGGCUGAAGAAGUGCUUCGAGAAGAUGCGCAUGCUUGCCGUCAGAGUCAUGAAGAAGCGCUACGGUCAAACGUGCAUGUACUCAACCCGUGGGCUGAAGAAGUGCUUGGAACAGACGCGCAUGGGUGCCAUCAGACCAAUUGGACGCCCAAUCGGCUCCAUCAUAACCAGUAUUCGACAACUCCACGUAGCGGGUGUGCACAUCGUUCGACAGCAUCAAAACGUUAACCUCAACGUUGGUGUUAGGUUGUCACGACCACAGCAGCCGAAGAGAGAAAGACGGGCGGGAGGGAAGGCACGCAUCGCGACCAACCCACCUUCCCACUCCCACGGAACCCCGCACCCCUCCGCUCCUUCCCUCCCCUCCCUCGCUUUCGCGCCGCCCCGACCCCAGCCCCGCCAAGAAAUUAUUUUUUUCCGAAAAUAA